AAUGUCUUCCAGCUCGAGGCCGCUGCUCGGCCUGCUGCUUGUCGCGUCGGCAGCGGGCCUGUCGCCGAUAACCGCGAGGCCCGCGACGCCAGUGGUGCGACACGCUCCGGUCGUUGUCCUCGCAAAGAAGGGCGGCAAGGGUGCGGCGGGCGGCCGCGGCUUUGCAGCGGCUCCUGCGCCCGUGGCUGCGCCCUCGGCGCCGGACGCCGCAGGGCAGCCAGCGCCAGCGGCGCCGGCCCCGACGAGGGAGGAGCGGGUAGACAAAGUGCUCCGCGACGCCGGCAUUGCGCCGACGAGCGCCGCCGCGCCGGGCGCCGCGCCACCUGACCUGCUUUCAGACCCGCUGGCGCGGAUCCCCAAGCAGGGGCAGGAGCUGCUGGAGCGCUUCUUCGGCGGCGGCGCGAUCCUCUUCGGCACCGUCUUCCUCGCCUCGGGCAUAGCCGUCUCGGUCGAGGCCCUCUGCAAGGUGCUGGGCACGCCGCUCCCCGCGGCGGUCGACAGCCUGCUAGUCGAUGUUGUGGAGCCGCUGCUCACGCCCUCGAUCCUCAUCCUGUUUGGCUUCUCGAUCUCGCUCGGGCUGCUCAAGCAGCUGCAGUUCUCGUCCGAGUCGGCGGGCGUGCUCUACCGCGAGGACGACGACUGACUCGCUUCCCGCUCGCUCCUCUCCCUCCUUCCCUCUGGUGGGCAAGCCCCUCGCGCUCCCUCGUGACGAUCGCCUCUCCUGCUCUCCCCUCCCUAGCUCCCCUCCACGAGACGAGUCUGCGGCACUGCCUGGGGCUCCUCCGUUCGAGAUUCGUUUUUCCCGGUCGGAUUGAGCAUUGACACACAUGUGCUAGCAACUCCACGAUUUGGCCGUCCACGGCCGACCGGCUCUCCCCACCAAAGCUGAGUCCUCUCUCUUUGUACAUACAUACAACAUGCAAAGUAUGUAUAUAGUGACCCGCCGAUGGCAUAUACGGCGGGGCUGCGCGAGGUCUGUCUGCUCUCCCUGGACCCAGCCUGCACUUGAGGCAUGCAGCUGGGAGAGGGGUGCGACAAACGCCUCCCGCCCUAUCCACACCUGCUCUCGGCUAUAGCAGGGCCAGCGCGAAAGCGACCCCAAACGGAGCGUGCGGCACAAUAAUCUUGGCAGCGGGGAAGGAGCGAGAGCAUAGCCACGCGUGAGCGAAGGAGCACACGGCGCCGAGGUGGAAGAUGGCGAGCACGGCGUUGCAUAUCUCGCCCGUCUCGGUGUGGAUGAGCCCGCGCCACUGCACCAGGCCAGAGAGCGCCGCCAACGAUAGGAUUGACGCGGCGUGGUGCCGCACAUACAUAGCCGACUUUGCGGAUCUCUCGCCAGGCGACUCAUGCUGGUACCGGCCUCGCAGCUUAAUCAGCCCGAGGCAGACCUCGAGGGCAGUGUGCGCCAGGUACACGACUGCCAUUCUGUCCAUGGCUAGGGAGCUGUCUGGUACGAGUAUAGCCCCAGGCCGUGCCACUCCGUCGCACUGCCGGGC